AUGACCAAACUGGCCCUCUCGUCGCGCACGCCACCGACCGUGGGCGCGUUCCUGCAGUUCAUCAACAAGAGCCCGUCGCCUUUCCACGCCGUGUACGAGACCGUGCAGUCGCUCGUGGCCGCUGGCUUCACGCAGCUGCUGGAAGACGACGUGUGGGACGACGCGGUCCAGCCCAACGGCAAGUACUACGUGACGCGCAACCAGUCGGCGCUCGUGGCGUUCGCCGUGGGCGGCCAGUACCGACCGGGCAAUGGGUUCCACGUGAUCGCGGCCCACACGGACAGUCCGUGCCUCAAGGUCAAGCCCGUGUCCACGAUCGAGUCGCAAGGCUGGCUGCAGCUCGGCGUCGAGACGUACGGCGGCGGGCUCUUCCACACGUGGUUCGACCGCGACUUGGGGCUGGCCGGGCGCGUCAUUGUGCGCGCGGGCGACGCGCGCUUCCAGUCGAAGCUCGUGCUACUCGACCGCCCGAUUCUGCGCAUCCCGACGCUGGCGAUCCACUUGGACCGCACGGCCAGAGAGAAGUUUGUGUUCAACGCGGAGACGCACCUGCGGCCGGUGCUUGCGUCGGCUGUUCGUGCCGAGCUGGAAGCAACGACAGUCGACGGCGUUGUUGGUGGCGGCGGUGGCGGGGACAAGGACGGUCAAGCCACGGCCAAACACUCGUCGGUGCUGCUGCAGCUCCUUGCGAAGGAGCUCCAGGUCGAGCCCGAGGACAUUUGCGAGUUUGAAUUGUGUCUCUUUGAUACACAGGGCGCCAACGUCGGUGGCGCGCUCGACGAGUUUAUCUUUUCGCCGCGCUUGGACAACCUCUGCUGCUCGUGGCUGGCCACGCAGGCGCUGAUCCAGUCGCUCGACACGCUCGGCGACGACGAGAGCGUCCGCGUGACUGCACUCUUUGACAACGAGGAAGUGGGCUCGCAGUCGCUCAUGGGCGCCGGGUCGAAUUUCAUGCAGUCCGUGGCCGAGCGCGUCGCACAGGGACAGCUCGGCGGCGCUGCGGCCAGGAAGUCGUUUGUCGUGUCGGCUGAUAUGGCCCAUGGCGUGCACCCCAACUAUGCUGAGAAGCAUGAGCAGAACCACCGUCCUGCAAUUCAUGCAGGGCCUGUGAUCAAGUACAAUGCCAAUGAGCGCUAUGCUACGAGUGGCACGUCGGCGUUCUUGAUGAAGGAGCUCGCCCGUCGCCACGGUAUCAACAUUCAGGAGUUUGUCGUGCGUCAGGAUACUGGCUGCGGGUCGACAAUUGGUCCGAUCCUGUCGACAAACACGGGCAUCCGCACGAUCGAUGUCGGGCUCGCGCAGCUGAGCAUGCACAGCAUUCGCGAGAUGUGUGGCACGGAGGACUUGGUCAAGGGACUGGACUGGUUCACGGCUUUCUACUCGGAGUUCUCGGCACUCGAUAAGUGCCUGAAGACCGAUUAG